AUGUCUCAGUUAGAGUCCGACAAGGAUGUCCUACAACACUCUCUGGCCCAGUACGGGCUCAGAGUCGCCGCUGAUGGGUAUCACAUCCAAUGGGCUGUUGGGAAUCCGAGACACCCUCGCAACUGGCUCAUUUCGAGGAAGAUCCACGAUAUCUCGCUCCUCAUCUUUCUCGAGUUCUUCACCACGUCUGUCAGCACGGCUGGUUCGACGGCUGCAAAUGUUGCAUCAAAGGAAUUUGGGAUUUCGGACGAGUUGUCGAUCUUUAUUUUCGUGACAGUGUAUUUGCUCGGGCAAGCCCUCGGGGGUAUCAUCCUCCCGCCCUACUCGGAAUGCUUUGGCCGGAAGAAGCUGUAUAUCAUCAGCUCUGGGACGUACAGCAUCUGUUGUGUUAUCAUCGCCGCUAUCCCGUCUGUCAAAGGUGUUGUUUUUGGCCGAGCCCUUAGCGGGUUCCUCUCCGCUAUUCCCAGCACCAUUGUCGUGGGUAGUGUCGAGGACAUGUUCAACUCGCGAGACCGUGUUUGGAUGAUAUGGAUCUGGGCUCUGGUGGCUAAUCUCGGUCUGGUCGUUGGGCCGAUCAUGGGCACCUUUGUCACUGCGGAUUUGCAUUGGACGUGGCUCUUCUACGUUGCAGCCAUUGUGACUGGAAUCCUGACUCUCCUGUUGCUGGGGAUCCGUGAAUCCCGUCCCGCCCUCUUGCUCGAGCGAGAAGUGGCUAAUCUUCGAGAGAUGACGAAGAUUGACUACCUUGUCAGUCUGAACCCAGAUAGUGCGCCGGAUCUGCGAACAUUCGUGCGCGUUGCACUAGGCCGACCAAUCCGACUGUUCUUCACGGAGCUUAUUGUCUUCGCUGUUUCGGUUAUGAGUGCCGUGGCCACUGCCCUCGUCUACCUCUUCACGCAAUGCCUACCACCGAUCUAUGUGAGCCUCGGCUUUUCAGAAAAACAGGCAUGCCUUCCGUUCAUCGCCAUCGGCGCCGGGCUGAGUCUCGGCCUCCUAACGAGAUACCUGGACAUGCACCUCAUCGAGCGGCGUCGCAGACAUGGCACAAUCCUCCUCCCAGAACACAAACUCGCCGGAUUCUGGAUAGGGUCGGGUGUCCUCGCCGGCGCACUGUGGGCCUUCGCCUGGACAAUACCUCCCGCCGUCCAGCAUCUGCACUGGGUAAUCUCCGUGCUCGCCUUGGUCCUGAUCGGAUACGCCCUGAACGAAAUCGACUAUGUGCUGGGCGGAUAUCUCGCCGACAGCUACCUCAGUUAUGCUGCGAGUGGGCUCGCUGCGCUCAGUCUUAUCCGCGCUCUGCUGUCGGGUAUCCUGCCGCUCGUGUCGAGUCCCAUGUUCACGAAUCUCGGGGCCAAUGUCGCUGUCUCGUUGCUGGCUGCUGUCGCCACGCUCUUCUGCCUCGUUCCCCCGUUAUUCUCGCGGUUUGGUGAGACGAUUCGCGCGCGCAGCAAGUUCGCCAAGUAUAGCUUGGACAUGUACCAAGAGCAUAGUGUUGACGAGGACGGCAUCCAGGAAAGCCUCCACCUGUUAGGUUCUGCAAUGGACGAUCUGGGACUGCGCGACCCGGACCCCCUUCGUCCUCUCCAGCCGCUACUCUCAUCCGUUGCGGAAAACGCGUCGAAUUUGGCUGCGAGCGGGAAGCACCACGAAAGCGACCAACACCAGCUGGACGUUGACGUCGACGUUGAAGCUCGCUCGCUACAACGCUUGCAAUCUGCCGUCGCGGAAUUCGAUCAGUAUGACCUCCACCAGCAUCAGCAUCAGCAUCAAGGUCAAGGUCAACUUGGAGAAAGAGAGCUCCGGCCGGAGGAUGCGUACGGGACACUGAUGCCGCAGGACCAAACGUCCCUGCGCACCGCGCAACCGCAACCGCAACCGCAACCGCAAACAAGUAGCUCGAACGAAUCCAUCUUCGCCUCCAAAGAAAACGGAUACCUUCGCGAUGUCGCAUCGAUAGCAGACCCGCCGGAUCUAGAAGCAUGGAGGGAGCGUCUAUUCAACGUCGACGAGAUGAUCGUCAUGAGCGAAGAAGAGUACGACCCUGUCUCUCGUGUUUGCGCCGCUAUCUACAGGCAAUUAACAGAUCUGACCACUAGAUUCCGAACCUACUUCCCACACGUCGACAACAUCUACUCGCACCGCUCGACACAGCACUACAAGCGCAAGCCCCUGGUCUCGCACUACUGGGACUGCCGACUGAAGGGCCGGCCGCCCGGGACCCCGAAGUCCGACGACCCGAACAAGAAGAAGCGCAAGCGGACCGCGCGGCAGCGGGACCUCUGCGACGUCAAGGUCAAGAUCACGGAGUACUUCCCCGGGUAUGCGGCGGGGUUUGGUGCUGGCGCCGUGUCUCUUGAAGCUGGAGGGCUGGGCUCGGAGCAGCAGCAGCAGCAGUUGCAGCAGGGGUUUUCGCUCUCGUAUUCGGCUGCUGACGUUGAUCCGGCGCUUUCGGUUUCGGGGGAGGUGCUGCCGAGUGUUAAUGCGCUGCUCCAGUUUCCUGCUGCUGCUGCUGGUAGUGGUGGUGGGUUUGUUCCUGGGGCUGAAAUGAGGGAGAGUCAGGGCCAGAUCCAGCCGUUUGGGGUGCUCACGCCGAAUCCGCCGCUGCCGGAGGGACAUCCUGGCGCUGAUGGUGGCCGAUUCUUCACGAUCCAGCGCGUGAAUGGGAACGGGGCGAACGGGAAGAAUGAUGGGGUUGGCGGGGGGCACCGGCAUACGCUGGAGGAGAGCGAUCGGGUGAAGAAGAAUAGUGUGCAGCGGCACCUGCUGAAGGAGGCGAGGGAACGGAAGAAGUCGUUGUCAGCUACCAGGACAAUGUCCGCCCCAAAAAGCUACCACACCCAGGCCACCGGUCCAGCGGCUGAGACGGCAGAAAGGCACGCCGAGGAUUCGGACUUGAAGCUGUACGGGAGUUGCUUCUGCCCAUUUGUGCAGCGGGUCUGGAUAGCCUUGGAGCUCAAGGGUCUACCCUACCAGUAUAUCGAAGUCGACCCGUAUAAAAAGCCGCAGUCGUUGCUAGACGUCAACCCGAGAGGUCUGGUUCCGGCGUUGAGACACGGUGAUUGGGGAUCGUAUGAAAGCUCCGUUUUGCUCGAAUAUCUCGAGGAUUUGAACGUUGACCCUCCUCUGCUUCCUCCUGGCGAUGCGAAGCUGAGAGCCCACUGUCGGCUGUGGGCGGACUUCGUCAACCGCCAUAUAGUUCCUAGCUUCUACCGUGUGCUGCAAGAGCAGGAUCAGCAGAAGCAAAUUGAACAUGCACAGGAACUGCGCGACUCGUUUAACACGCUAGUUGGGGCUGCGGAUCAAGAAGGGCCAUUCUUUCUCGGGCGGGAUAUCUCUUUUGUGGAUGUCCAAAUUGCCCCCUGGGUAGUCCGUCUAAAUCGCGUGCUGAAGCCGUACCGUGGCUGGCCGGACCCUGAGCCUGGAACGCGAUGGGGCGCUUGGGUGGAUGCGAUCGAGGCCAACGAGCAUAUCAAGGCGACGACGAGCUCGCCCGAUCUUUAUCUUGAUAGCUAUGAGCGCUAUGCAGAGAACCGCCCCAAUACUUCCCAGCUUGCGAAUGCGAUCAAUUCCGGAAGAGGUUUGCCAUGA